AUGGGAACCGCCGGUAAAGCCUUCGAAGCUCUUCAAGCAGGCAGAAAAGCCAUCAAGCAAGGCCGUGAAUAUCAUGGCAAAGGACAAGAGAUUCUCCAAGGGGUCCGGGACGCUCAUGGUAAAUUUCAGGAAUUUAAUAAAACAGCCCAAAGCUUCGGCAUAGAUUUAUCUAAAGACGCAUCAAACAUACACAAUAGCCGUGGCCAGUUCCAAAGAGGAGCCAAAGGCUACGCACGAGGUUGUUUUUGUGGAUUCUGGACUAUACUCAAAGCCCAAGCUAAGAAGUAUAUUACAUAUGUGCUCUCUCUAUUGGUUUUUGCUUUCAUCGCCCUAGGUCUUGUUUGUUUUCUCAUCGCUGUGCUUUCGCAUCAUUCACACUUGCAACUCCUUACAUUAACGACGAAGGAAAUGGUGGGUAACCAUGCUACGAAAGGAGGGAAUGUUACAAGAGUGGAGGAGAUCGUGGACUAUAAUAUCUAUCUCUUGCACUACUGUGUCACUGGUCUUACUACGGCAGCUGAGAAGACGUUUCGGAUAACAAACGGCUGCCAUCACGCAAGGCAAGCAUUGUAUGACCACAUACUGCCUGCCCUCAGUUCUACUAUUGUACCCCCACUUCCCGGAAAGGAUGUACUACGCCCCACCGCGGAGAUUCAUACUCUCUUCAAACACUAUGCAUACAUAUCUUUCUGCCUAUACAUCCUCGAUAUCAUUCUUCUGCCUAUUGUUGCAGUUGUGUUUAUCUGGUGGUUCAUUAGUACCCUAACGCCUUGGAAUCGAACCUUCAGGCUUGUUCUCUGCUUCUUCAUAUCCACUCUCCUCGCACCUGCAGUCCUUCAAACACUCCUCAUCUACCGUGUCGUCCACAUCCUCAAACACGACAUCGACUUCACCAAAUCCUACCUCGAUAUCAGUGUUAAACACGGAUUCCUCUAUAUGAUUCUCGCCCACUCCUUCUGGUGUACACUACUCUUCAACCUCAUCCUUUUCCGUCUCAUAGACUGGCUUCGAAACAAGAGAAAAACGAGAAAACUUGACCAGACUCAAGCUUCCUACCAGGCUCAAAAUAGUCAAGACUCUUCUGAUUUUCACGAGGGAAAUGGUGGAGUUGAAAAUACUUCAUACGAUACUCAAUCUUUUGAGAUGAAGAAAAUGCCACCUCCAAAGGAUUCAAAAGAUAUAGCAAGUAUUGCACGAAAGCCAGUGGAGUUGCAGUGUGAUAAUGUCGACAUAAGUUACGGUAAUGGUGAUUUGGGAGAAGGAAACCUGAGGAGUAAUAUUGAUUUCAUUCAUGAAAAUCGGAAGAAUAACCGAGAUUACAUGGGGGGAAGAGGAAUUUGAUAAUGUAUAGUAAUUAGACGCUAGUAUCUCG